CCUUCACCCACUUUGAAGAGCCAAUGGCAAGGCGCGUCUGUCGUACGUAAAGGGUUAAAGUUCAGACGGCCGGAAACAUGUUGGCAACGUGAAAACAGUAAACUAACAGACAGGUGAACGCAAGACCUGAAGAUAUGAGGCUACUGUCCAAGGCACUACAGACCGUUCUCUCCUCGAAGAAAACUUUGUCACUUGAGGGCAGCAGACCGUUCUGGGGAUGGCUCAAUGCUGUCUUCAACAAAGUAGACUAUGAGCGUAUCAAGGCUGUGGGUCCAGACCGUGCUGCUGCAGAGUGGCUGACGAGGUGCGGUGCCAAGGUGAGGUUCCAGGGGUUCGACCGCUGGCAACACGACUACAACGGCCUGCCCACCGGCCCUCUGGGACAAUACAAGAUCCAGGGCAUCGACGCCACAGACUCUUGCAUCAUGUACAAAGGCUUCGAUCACCUGGAUGGACUACAGCAUGUCGAAGAGCUCAAACUCAACAAGAGUAUGUACAUAGAGGAUGCCUGCUUAGAGAGAAUAAGCACCAUAGAGAACCUACAGGCCAGCCUGUACAAGAUGGAGGUGGUCUCCUGUGGGAAUGUGACUGACAAGGGUCUCAUCGCCCUGCAUAAACUCAGGAGUCUAGAACAUCUGUACCUCAGCGAUCUGCCAGGAGUGGUAGAGAAGGAGAAGACCGUGGAGAGACUCCAGACAGCUCUACCUGGGCUGGACAUAGAGCUGGAUCUGGACUGACUGAGGAUGAACCACAACCACAGAGGAACAGUCUGGCACAGUGGGUAGUGCCUUGAUGACCAGGAAGAUGCACGUUGUUUUGCAGCAGCACAUUGUAGCAUAUCGUAAAGUGUUUUGCAAUGAAAAAUUUGAAUUGCCGUUUUAGUCAAGAUUUUUCUUCCUGUUUGGUUUGUAGUGAAUACGACCUUGGUCCCAGAUCUGUUGGUGUUGUCUUGCCAUGGCCUCCUAUGGCCAGUACUCUAUGGCCUACUCCUAUGGUCAUUGGCAUGACCAUAGGCGUUGGCAAGACGGCACAAACAGAUCUGGGACCAGCCUAGUGGGACACGGGACAAAUGAGAUUACUAUGGCAACAUGUUCUCAAGUGGACUUUGUUGGUAUUGUCUCCCCUAAUGUUUAAAUAUGACUCCAUUAAAAAAAAAUUAAAAAAAAAAAAAUAAAGUACAAAGACUGUAACAAGGCUGAGGAUUUCAUUGAAUUGAUUCAUUAGUUUAUAAAUUAUUCAUUUAAUUUGGUGUUCGUAACAUGUCCAAGAGUAGACGCCUAUAGAAGUCCUUAGCUCCGGUGUUCUGACAGUAAUGAUUAAUCAAAUACACUGCUAAGGUUACAUUUCAAAUGUCUUAUGGCUCUAUUCAAUCCGUAAGGUGGAAUUACAGUGGGAUUUAAAUUCGAAAGGUAAUGUUCCCGUGUUAGCGGCGACUGCAUACACCGUAAGCACUUCCGACGUCGGCUCCAUUAGAAAUUACCUUUAUACUGAACAAAAAAUAUAAACGCAACACUUUCUGAGUUACAGUUCAUAUAAGGAAAUCGGUCAAUUGAAAUGCAUUAAUUAGGCCCUAAUCUAUGGAUUAAACAUGACUGGUCAGAUACCUUUUAUAAAAAAAAAUAAAGGCGUUGGAUCAGAACUAGUCAGUAUCUGGUGUGACCAUCUGCCUCAUGCAGCACAACAUCUCCUUCACAUAGAGUUGAUCAGGCUGUUGGUUGUGGCCUGUGGAAUGUUGUUCCACUGUGUGAAGUUGCUGGAUAUUGGCGGGAACUGGAACACGCUGUCGUGCACGUCUGUCCAGGGCAUCCCAAACAUGCUCAAUGGAUGUCAUGUUUGAGUAUGCAGGCCAUGGAAGUUUUCAGCCUCCAGGAAUUGUGUACAGAUCCUUGUGACACAUAGCCGUGCAUUAUCAUGCUGAAACAGAUGGGGGCGGAUGAAUGGCACAACAAUGGGCCUCAGGCUCUUGUCACGCUAUCUCUGUGUAUUCACAUUGCAAUUUUGUUCGUAGCUUAUGCCUGUGUAGGUUCCGUCCCUCUCUUCGCCCGAACCAGGGACCCUUGCACACAACAACCCAUCGCAACGCAAACAACCACUUCAGGUCUCAGAGCGAGUGACGUCACCAAUUGACACGCUAACUAACUAGCGGUUACACCUGCCCCAUAACCUCACCGCCACCAUGGGGCGCUGCUAAAUUCUCUAAAACGACAGUAGCAUGCCACUUGCACACUCCCUCAAAACGUAACUUCUGUGGCGACAAAUCUUUAGUGGCCUUUUGUUCUCCCCAGCACAAGGUGCACCAUAUCUUGGCAAAGGAGAAAUGCAAACAAAUUUGUGCAUACGGAACAUUUCUGGGAUCUUUUAUUUCAGCUCAUGAAACAUGGGACCAACACUUUACAUGUAUAUUUUUGUUCAGAGAUCUAGCCUGAAUAGAACCCUUACUGUAUUUAAUCCACUGUCAUAUUGCUUAUUAACAAUUUCUGUCCAAUAAAAUAAAGCCGAGCUGACCUUUCACCUUC